CAUAGUAGUUUAUAACAUUAUAAAAAUAAACUAAAAUACCAAUUAUCCAGGAUAUUUUGUUAGUUGUUAUUUAAUAUUUGAAGACUAAUGAUCAUAGACCAUUGUGGAUGUGUAUAAUUAUAAAUUAUAAUACUAUAAUAUAAUAAUCAUAAUAAUCCAAGUGACCAGUGGGUUAAUGGUUAAAAUAAAUACAUGAGUUAUAACCAUUCAUUAUGACGAGAAAAAUAAAAGAAGACUAUACACUUAACUAUAAAUGGUUAGAAAAUGAUUUGUCAAAAUCAUCAAAGUUAACAUCUGUAAGUAAUUCUGAUGACUAUAGACGUAUUUCACUUUAUCCUACAUUAGAAGAUAUUACCAAUGGACCACCUGCAUUGUGUGCAAAUAAAAUUGAUCGCCCAUAUAAAAAUUGUGAUGAAUACUUAAACAACUUUUUCCGUCUCAUGCGAGAAGAUUUUAUUUCUAUUAUUAGAGAUACUUUAAAAUCUAUAAAUGCUAAUAAAAGAGUGUCUGAACCUCAAAUAGAUAGGUUGUGGUACUACAGUAAUGUUAAAAUAAUAAAUAAAAAAACAUCUGUAACAAUGUAUUUACAAUUCGAUACACCUAGUCGAGCUAAGACAUUUAAUUAUGAAGAUAGUAAAAGAUUUAAAAAUGGUGCUUUGUUGUUACUUUCAAAAGAUUUAUUUGCUACAUUCAGCUUAGGAAUUGUAACUGAUACAUUUAGGUUAAAUAAAGGCAUAGUUGGUGUUGAUGUUGUUGAUUUUGAAGAAGUAAAUAAAUGGAGCUGGAUCGAUUUAUUAGAGCCCGAUGUUUUUUAUGAACCUUACAGAUACGUUUUGGCAGUAUUUCAAGACUUGUAUGAAUCAAAUUUCCCAAUGAAGAAUUAUAUUGUUCAUGGUAUAAAAAAAAUUUCUCAUCCUAGUUAUUUAAUAGACAAUUCUGUUUAUACUAUUAAUGGGAUCACGUUUGAUAUUCUUCAAAAUGACCAAUGGCCGUCGGCUGAAAUAUUUAACAUGGAUAUUAAUCAAUAUCAAGCAUUUAAAGGGGCUUUGACUAAAGAAUUUACAAUGAUUCAAGGACCACCUGGCACUGGUAAAACUUACAUUGGAUUAGAAAUUGUGAAGGUUAUUAUUGAAAAUAUGUAUAAUACAAAGAAACUCAACCAUCCUAUUAUGGUUGUUUGUAUGACAAAUCAUGCCUUGGAUCAAUUUCUUGAGGGUAUAUGGAAAAUAACAAGAAAUAUAUCGAGAUUUGGGCGUGGUACUAAAAGUGAUAUUUUAGUGAAUUAUAUUCCAACGAUGAGUGUUGCUCGCAAGGAUGAAUGUGCCAACAUAUAUGUGGAUGCCAAACGAGAUGUAAAAGCUUCAAUACAAAAGGAAAAUGAGCAUCUAAUUAAUAUUAAAGAAAUUGAUCGCAACGAAGGUAUAGUUGAUUUGUCUUUACUUAUGCAAGUGCUAAACAAAAAUGGUUUUAAUACAUGGUUUAAAAAUUCAUAUGAUUUACUUGCAUGGUUAUUACAUGAUAUUUCAUCUGUAAACGGUAUAAAUCCUAUAGACUUUAUAAAAAAAGAUGACCUACUUGCUACUCGAUUAUCAAAACUUAAUAAAAAUGAAGCUAAUACAAAAGUCUAUUUUAUAACUUUGAAAAGUAUAAAACUGUAUUGUACCCAAGUUCAAUGUCAACUAAAAGAUAUGAAUCGUAAUGUAAAAGAUGACAAUGUUUCUAAAAAGAAAGAUUUAGAGAAUGCAUUAAAAAUAAUGAAAACCGUUGAGGAUGAUAUAGUCAAACAUUUAAAAUUAUUUAAAUCUGGAUCUUCUAUGAUUUAUGAAACUCUGAAUAACCGUGAUUUAUUAGGAAAGAGAGAUCGUUGGUUAUUGUAUUAUAAUUGGGUUCGUUUGUAUAUAACAAAUGAGUAUAAUAAUAUUGAAAAUAUAAAAGAUACUACUCGUCAAUGUAGACGAGAUAUGAACAAGUUUAAAUCAAUUGGAUAUUUGAAACCAGUUCAAAAUAAGUAUGUGAUUGGUAUGACAACAACAGCCGCUGCUAAAAAUAGAUAUUUGCUUAAAAAUCUUAAAUGUCCAAUUGUUAUAAUUGAAGAAGCAGCAGAGGUUUUAGAACCUCACAUUGUGGCAUCAUUGUCAGAAUAUUGUGAACAUCUUAUUCUCAUUGGUGAUCAUAAACAGCUGCGUCCUCAAACAGCUAAUCAUAAUAUAGGCAAAAAAUAUCGACUUGACAUUUCAUUGUUUGAACGUAUGGUAAAUAAUAAAAUUCCAUCAUAUGUAUUAGCAGAACAACAUCGUAUGCGACCAGAAAUAGCAGGUUUAGUUGCACCAGUUAUUUAUCCACAUUUAAGAAAUCAUGCAUCUGUUAUGAAACGACCUCAUGUUAAAGGAGUUAGCAUGAAUGUAUUCUGCAUGACUCACAAUGAGCACGAAGAAAAAGAUUAUGAGUUAUCCAGUUUCGUUAAUCGAGCUGAAGCAACAUAUUUGGUUGCAUUGGCAAAUUAUCUACUAAAACAAGGAUAUUAUCCAGAAGAUAUUACUAUUAUGGCAAUGUAUAAUGCUCAAGUUGUAUACAUUUCUAAUUUGAUUAAAUCACCGCCUUAUGAACAUUUGGCAGACAUAAGAGUUUCUUCAGUAGAUGGCUAUCAAGGCGAAGAAAACGAAAUUGUUUUAUUAUCAUUGGUGCGUAGUAAUAAUAAUUAUAGUAUUGGAUUUUUGAAGACCAACAAUAGAGUAUGUGUUGCCUUAUCUAGAGCUAGAUUGGGAUUUUAUAUUGCUGGUGAUUUGAAAUUACUUGCUAGAGCCAGUAAAUUGUGGAGUAGUGUUAAAACAUACCUAAGUAAUUUGCAUGCAUUAGGCCCAAAAUUAUUGUUGAAGUGUCAAAUUCAUAACAAAAUUAUAGGAAGUGCAUCAAAUGAUUUAGAUUUCCAAAUGCUUACUCUGUGUCAAUUAAAAUGUAAUGUCAAACUUUCUUGUGGACAUUUAUGUCAGAGAUUAUGUCAUGUUGAAGAUAGUGACCAUUUGACGGUUAAGUGUUUAAAUAUGUGUAAUAGGAAAUGUCCUAGAAAUCAUAAAUGUCGUAGAAUGUGUUAUGAAGACUGCUCAUGUCAAGUUUCAAUUAGCCAAAUUAAUGAUUGUGGCCAUAUUAUUCAAGGAAAGUGCUGUGAUGUAGAAAAUAUUAAAUGUGAUUUUAAGGUAAAUAAAACAUUAAGUUGUGGGCAUACACUUGAGAAAAAAUGCUUUGAACAAUUGAAUUGCAACCAAAUAUGUAAAAAACCCAAUUCAAAUUGUUUAUUUAGACAUUUAUGCAAAAAACCAUGUGGUGUAAAUUGUGGUUCAUGUGUACAUUUGAUUCCUAUAAUAAUGAAAUGUGGACAUAUUUCAGAAUUCAGUUGUUCUCAAGAACCAGACACAGUAGAAUGUUUAGAAUGCAAGGUGUAUUAAUAUAUAUACAAGGUCAAACAUAAAUGUGAUGUCAAAUUGUCAACCUAAUAGUUUUUAAGGAAUGAUAUAUUUUUUUUUAUUAAGUAAUUAAAUUUUAUAAAGAUUUUAUUGAAAGAUUGUUAUUUUUAAUUUUAUUUUAUAACACUAUAAUAUGUGUGUACUACACAAGUUUUGUAACUACUAUUUUAACUCAUAAUACUUAUAUUAAUGUUUUGUUGUUUUAAUUUUAAUAACAAUGUUAUUAAUUUAAAUAAAGAUUUUGUCAAUUAUUACAAAUUAAAUAA